AUGUGGAAGAACCAGCAAUCCGUACUCGACUGGCCAAGUGCAGAGCAACUGGCUAGCUUCUGGUUGCACUUGAAAGGUGAGCUUGGAUUCAGAACUCUUCUGUACUUCAAGGCGGAAAAAUGUCGCUGUUGGAUUGAAAAACUAUUGGACGAGGGAAACAUGACGACUACCACUUUGGUAUGGAACAACGCGUCGAAUGCACCAUAUUUAAGGUUAAGCCAGAAUGUAGGUAUUCUGGGCUUGGUUUGCUUGAACUCUGAUUUAUUUGAACCCGUAUUGAUCACGCUAAGUACAAUGCUGAACCAUAUGAGGGAGGUACCCCUGCUGCUACAGAUAUGCACAAGGGAUCCGGAUCAAACAAGUAUGCUGGAACAAGGCCGACAGAUUCUUAAGCGUUGCCAGGACCUGCUUAUGCCGAAUGUUCUGUUGCUAUUGAAUGAUUUCUUUAACACUGAUAUGAUUUAUGCCUAUCAAAUGUUUCCCAAAUUCCGGCUGCUGUCGCAGGUCUACCAUGCCAGCUUGCAGCUAUAUCCCUACAAACUGGCCAACCUACACGGCCAGGUGAUAAGGACACGGACAGAUCUAACACAGCCCUAUUUAUUGGUUUACAAAGAUCGCAACGGAAAAUUAAUAACAACCGGGGUGCUCUGGCGUUUUAUGCAGGGGUUUGCACGUUACUUGAACGCCACUCUUGAUCUGAGUUAUGAUUCCAAUUCGACCCAUUCUGUGCGGAGCAGCUACUUUAAAUUACUGCCGCACAUCCAAAAUGGAACAACUGACGUUACCACCAGCCUUUUCCCACUCACCUAUUCUUCAAAUAGCAACCUCAAUACUUUCAGCUACCCGGUUAUCAUCAACAGCUGGUGCACUAUGUUGCCCGUGGAGCGUGUGGUCAGUCCGCGUGAGGCUAUGACCGGAGUGUUGGAGUCGCCCUGGAUGUGGGUAUAUCUGGGUAUCGUCUAUUGUUUGAUUCGCCACCUAUAUAAACGCCGUAUGCCCGGAAGGCCGAUCUUGACACUGCUCCCUUCAUUGAUUCAACUGACUCUGCUCUGCACCGUGGUUGCGCAACUAUCUGCGCUGUUUAUUGGUCCGCAGAAACUUCGAUUGAUUUCCAGUUGGGAGCAGUUGAACGCAUCCGGAUUAAAGAUUAUCGGAGCACGUGCUGAAUUUAAUCAGUAUCCUGACGAAAUAAGAAUCAAGUACGCAUCAUCAUUCAUAUCCUUUGAAAACUACACACAAUUUGUAUAUCAACGUAAUAGUUUUAAUUCUUCAUUUGGUUAUACAAUUUAUGAAAUUAAGUGGAACAAUAUUGCCGAACUGCAAAAGUUCUUUAAACGACCAAUUUUUCGCUACUCUACCAAGCUUUGUGUGCGACAAGUUUCACAUAAUUCUGUUAUUUUUCAAGAAAACUUUUUGCAUCGCAAUCAACUAGAUUUAUAUAUACUUUGGUUGCGGCAAAGCGGCAUCCUUAGGUUUUUUAUAGACAAACAUUUUCUCGAUAUGCUAAACGCGGGCUAUUUCAAACUGCAGGACUUAAGCACCCAAGUUGUAGUAAAGCCCCUGAAACUCGUUGAGAUGGACUUCAUAGUGGUGUUAUAUGGAUAUGCAAUGGCUAUAUCCCUAUUGAUAUUUGUAUUUGAGUUGAUUGUGUUCUAUAUCAAUGUUUGCCUGCACAUUUUGUAA